GGAUGAUAUCACAUUAUUAUACAUCUUGGGGUUUUUUCUGCCGUGGAGCCUCGAGGGUAGGCGGUGACCAAUCACCAGCGGCAGCGGCAGCGGCAGCGCGGGCGCGCGGGAAGUUGGUUGCCCGGUAAACAAACCUCCAGAAGCUCACCCAAAACGCUGGGUUUGCUACAACCGAAACAACAACCUCUUCCGGCCCCAGUCUUGACAAUUCAUGCCAUCAUCCCUACAUUAUCCUGUUUCCUGUUUUAACCCUGGCUAUCAUAAGGUGACUUUGACUGCUGCGCGAGGAGCAUUCAAAACCCUUGUUCUGGCCCCCUCCCUCUCAGCCGGCCCCCGCUGCUUGAUUGACAAUCAGCGAGAGCUCUCGCAGCCUCCUCUAUAAAAGCCCCCUUGUCUCCCCAUUUCCUAUUACCAUUGUCGUUUUCGUUUGGAUAAACAAGAGAGUUGCUCAAGCAAGCACGCGGCCAUGGACUACAACGUGGAAGACACCCAAAACUCCGGCCCAGGUUCCGCCGUGACCCUGGAGACUUCAAAACUGGGCAUUGGCGUGACAAGGACGGAUACUCAAAAUGUUACGAAGCGACUACAGAGUGAACUGAUGCAGUUGAUGAUGUCUCCUUCGCCGGGUAUAUCUGCCUUCCCAGACGCUGAUGGCAAUCUACUUUCGUGGACGGCCACAAUCAGCGGACCAACAGAGACGCCCUACGAGGGCCUCACAUUGAAGCUCUCCUUUGUCUUUCCUUCAAACUACCCCUAUGCGCCGCCGACAGUCCUCUUCAAGACGCCCAUUUACCACCCCAACGUCGACUUUUCCGGUCGGAUCUGUCUCGAUAUUCUGAAGGAUAAGUGGAGUGCGGUGUACAAUGUGCAGAGCGUUCUGUUGAGUCUGCAGAGCUUGCUGGGGGAACCUAACAAUGCAAGUCCACUAAAUGGUCAAGCCGCAGAGCUCUGGGACAACAACCCAGAGGAAUAUAAGCGGCAUGUUCUCGCACGACAUCGGGAUAUUGAAGCUGGUGAAUAGAAGAUUAAGGUCAUUUGGCUAUUGACGACAAUUUAUGAUGGAGCUGGAAAUUAAUCAGGAUGCAUAACGUUUCUUUUUCUGGUUGGUUUUGCAUGAAAUAAAACCACCGUUGGGUUGUUUUGGGGGGUUAUACAUUGCGAGCCCUUGUGGUUUACUCUCUUCCACCACCGUUUUGAAACAUGGAGUUCGUCAGGGUGCUCUGCUUCUUUUUUUCUUCCGCUAUUUAUUUAUAUUUUCCCCUACAACUGGGUUGUUAUGACUUGGAGUACGAAUUCCAGUUUUUGGAGGACAGCGAAUAAUAUUCCUCUCUUCUUUUUUUCCCAACUCUCGCUGUUCCUCUUCCUCUCUCAUUUUAGCAGACACUGCCUUCCCACUGUUUCAUACGCUACCUUCACAUACCUAGUCAUCUUCCUGCUGGGGAGUUUUGAUCUCCUUCCCAUGUUGUCGUUGGUUCGCAUUGGAUCUCCAAGAAUGCUGGCGUGCGAAGUUUGCCAUUGGUGAAAUUGAACAACGCCCUGUUGAAGUCCCUCUUUUUUUUUCACCUCUAAGCUCUCAAGCGGAACUCACAGAGGCUAUGUUUGUAUAUGGAUUAUCCUUAAAAUUGCAGAACAUAUCAUUAUCCUACACUCUGCCUUCGGAGACGUGCGCGCGGUGUGUCCUUUGCAGACCCGACUACCGUGUACCGUGGCUCCCACUAUCACCUCAGCUACUAAACGUAACACCCCUCUUCUACAACAUAUACUACACUUGACAUUCAACAGCAGAUGGAGUUAACGUGCCUUUCACUACACCAGGAGCCAAUGCUGUCAUGCGUCUUUUAGACCAUUUCUCUCUAGAGACGUAGUUGACAGCACACUGUCUGUAACUUACACCGAGAAAGAGUUUUAUAAACCGGCAUACUCUAGCGAUAAUAUCCAGGAGCGUCAAGGUAUAGAGAAACAAGCCAAGCUCCUGUCAAAUGUCGAAUGAGUGGGUUAAAUCAGGCUGUAUUCGGCAAGACCUAUUAGGAAAAGCAGUCACUGAAUUUCUUCCAUCAGUUGGAAACUUUUAUUACUAGAUAGUCUGUAUUAUUUUACAUGCAGCACGAUGUCUGUCUUGGGAGGAGGUGGAGAGCUUGUCCAGCUCGGGAAUCGUGAGCUAGUUACUGUUGAACCUUAAAAAGAUGAUGUUCCCCACUGCGGCCCCGCCAAAGAAAAGAAAGAUGAGGCUAUCGGACCCGCUUCUGGCGCAUGUUGAAUAGAGGGCAUUGGGAGAGAGCUAUAAUAUGACCUCACUUUUUCUGUGCGGCAAUUUUGUUCAGACUGCUUUGAGGUAUGUGAGUGUGAGCCAAGUCACAAGUGAGAAGCAAGGAUAGAAUAGAGCAAGUUUACUGAUGAAAUUGAAUGAAAGUGAAGUUUAUAUAUAACUGUCUAUAAGUCAGGUUUAUACUUCUGAUCAGUAUUAACAGACUUAUUUAUAAAGAUAGAAUCAGUUAACACUGCAGAGUUAAUUAGAGAAAAUAAGCUUAUUUAUAUAAUAAUCUUAUAAAUGUCUGAUGGCAAUA